AUGUCCUCCAAAACUCCCAAAACACGAACUACAAGUUCGACGAAGCUCCUGAAGACGACAACCACUGAUAGUCCAAAGGAACUCAUCCAUGAAUUCUCUGAAAGUCCAGAGAAGCUCUUCCACCAACUCACUCUUCAUGACACCGAUGUGUUAAUCAAGGCGCGCCUUCUGCACUCAUGGCGUUCUGUUAAUCCAUCCAACCCUCAAUAUAUUUACGACUUUGGAACCCUAUGGGCUGAUGAAACGGUAACUGGGAUGCUUAUACACGGCAUUGGAAACCGAAAUUUUGUUACUGAGUUUGAGCGAAAACUCACUGUUGGGUCUGUCUACAAAAUUCAAAAAUUCAUAGUCCAGGAAGCUAAACAGAUGUACCGCCCAUGUCGAAGUAACUUAAGCAUCUUUAUCACUCCCGGUACUAUGUUUGAAGAUGUGACUACCUCUUUAGAUUUCACUUCCGACAGCUUUGAGUUCUGUGAAUUUGAAGCACUGGCAGAACGUAUAGGUUCUAAGGCAUUAUUAACAGGUUAG